AUAUUCUGCUGGUAUGUUCGUGUGUUCGUGACUAUCGGACGCGAAGCCUGUUUUGUUCUCCCACAGCGGUGUCGCGGAGUGAAGGCGAACUAGUGUAGCGACUAUUGUAAUGUUUACUCUGGUUUUUUGUACAUUUUUUAUUACAAUACACACAGGCUACGGGGUGACGGUUCCUACAUUGAAAUUGCUAGAUGGCCGAGAUAUACCAACCAUCGCCUUGGGGACGUGGCUUGGUAACAAUACACAGGGUCGCGUGGAGCCAGUUGGUACAGAGGUGGAACAAGCUGUGAAGUGGGCGAUAGACGCUGGCUACCGCCACAUUGACACCGCCUUCGCUUACAAGAUAGAAGACCAAGUUGGAAGGGCAGUUAAUGCCAAGAUAGGCGGAGAACUGAAGAGGGAAGAUUUAUUUAUAACAACCAAGCUGUGGAACGAUGCCCACGCACUAGACGCGGUAGUACCGGCACUUCGGGAAUCUCUACGAAGACUAAACUUGGACUAUGUGGACUUGUACCUCAUACAUUGGCCCGUCGGACAGUUUAGUAACCUUACAUAUGACUACACUGACUACGUAGACACAUGGAAGGGCAUGAUCGAAGCGAAGAAGCAAGGAUUGGCAAAGUCAAUAGGUGUGUCGAAUUUCAAUAGGCAACAAAUUGACAGACUCAUUGAAAAUGGGCUCGAGACACCGGCGGUCCUACAAGUAGAGAUCAACCUCAACCUUCAACAGCCCGAGUUGCUAUCAUACUGCAAGGAGAAAAACAUUAUUGUCAUGGGAUACACACCAUUCGGAUCCAUAUUCCCGAGUAAGGCGAAGAGUGACGCGCCCCCGCCCAGAGUAGACGAGCCGGCUCUCGUGGAGAUUGCCAGGAAGUAUGAGAAAACUGUGCCGCAAGUGGUGCUGAGAUAUCUGGUCGAUAUUGGAGUGGUUCCAAUCCCCAAAUCCUUGACAAAGUCGCGCAUCGAACAGAACGUGGAUAUUUUCGACUUCAGCCUCACGCAACAGGAUCGCGACUUGCUGAAGACUUACGAUAAGGGUUACAGAACGAUUCCGCAGCUAAAAUGGCAGAGCCAUCCAUGUUACCCAUUUGAAAAGAAUUAAUCGCCGUGAUCCUAGCGCGUGAUGCAAAUCAGCAACAUUAUGUUAUUCUUAACUUUCUGUCUAUCUCCAUUUUCUACUAAAAGCAGUUAACGUUAAGUUUGUAUAACUAUAAAAUGAUACAUUACGAACUGUACUUAUCAGACAUAUUUGUCAAAUAGCUACGACUGACAUAAUUAAAUAAAUAAGUCUACACAAUCAUUUUAA